AUGUCUUUCUUCGGUCUGGACCUCGCCCAAAAGGGGCUCUCCCUUUACACUAUCCCGGCUGCUUUCCUGAUGGCCCUGCUGCCCAAUGUCUACGCCGUCUCCGGAGCAGGAGUGCAUUACGACCUCUGCAACCCGCGAAAGCUCCAGACCAGCGUCGUGGCUGACGACAAGCUAGACAAAAUCGUCAAAGCCCGCAUCCUCCGUGCCAAGGCCGCGUCGGAGAAUGCCUUUGAGACCCUCGGUUUCUACUCGGCUGCCGUCGUCGCCGCCAACUUUGCCGGUGUGGACGCCGAGACCGUCAACCUCUUGACGCUGGGCUACAUCGGCUCUAGGGUCCUGUACAACAUCAUCUACGUGCGCCUGCAGGACAACCGUAGCUUCGGCCCCGCGCGAAGCCUCGCCUGGAUGGCCAGCAUUGCCAUCACUGUUACGUUGUAUGUCAAGGCAGCUUCGCAAUUGGCGUCCUCCUAG